UCAUCCCUUCCUUUCUCUUCUCGCCCAAACUUUCCUUUCGUUUGUUUUCUUUUUUAUCCUGAACUCCCAAUUCUUUUCUCUUCUCACCCAGGCUUUCUUUUGUUUUGUUUUCUUUUCUUUUCUUUUCUACCAACUCCCAAUCUUGUUUGUCAUGGAAGAGAACCCUUGUUCAGAAACCCAUUCUUCAGCCCAACUCCGUGACGAAUGGCUGGAAAUUCAAGAUUCGCUCAAGAAAAAACUGAUCACAGAUGAUGAUUUCUACUGGAAGCUACGCCUUCCCGCAAAGAAAGAAGAAGAAGAAGAGAUACUGAGACAUGUGGGUGGAGUUGAUUUGAGCUUCGCAAAAGACGAUCCUUCAACGGCAUGUGGUACUCUUGUGGUGUUGGAUCUCCUCAACAAUCUUAAUGUUGUCUAUGAAGAUUCGUCUCUUGUUAAGCUUGAUGUUCCUUAUGUUCCUGGCUUCCUUGCCUUCAGAGAGGCUCCUGUACUUCUAGAGCUUCUGGAGAAAAUGAAGAAGUCUGCACAUCCAUUCUACCCCCAAUUAUUGAUGGUUGAUGGCAAUGGCAUUCUUCAUCCUCGAGGCUUUGGAUUGGCUUGUCAUCUUGGAGUUCUGGCUAAUCUUCCUACAGUUGGGAUAGGAAAAAAUUUACAUCAUGUUGAUGGUCUGACCCUUGCAAAAGUCAGACAACUCCUUGAAGUCAAAGAAAACUCAUCUAGAGAUGUCUUUACUCUAAUCGGGGACUCUGGGAGAACUUUUGGAAUGGCUUUGAGAUCAACCCAAGGCUUAUUGAAACCCAUUUUUGUUUCAGUUGGUCACCGUGUAUCGCUUGCUACUGCCAUUAAAGUUGUAAAGAUGACUUGCAGAUUCCGCAUCCCAGAACCCAUCCGGCAGGCUGAUAUCAGAUCAAAACAAAAACUCAGUAGUCUGUUCUAAAGAGCAAUGGCUUUUAAACACUGGUAUUUUUUCUUCUACAUUUCUCUUUUCAAUACAUUAAUUAGCAUGGGCGAAUGGCCCAACUUUUGGAACGUACUACAGCCCCGGUGGCAAAGAGCCGAUUGUGGGGUGCCAAACCUUCACGAUGAUGUGAGCUAUUGGGGAAGAUCAGCCUGAUAUCCCUAGUAUAACUUUUAACCAUUGAGUGAUGUCUUUCCAACAAAUCACUAAGGCCGACAUUCAUCCUUGGAACUUGCUAGAAGUUUGAUCAUCUAGGGUCUUUGAUAUUCCUUGUAAUUUUAGUUUUCUUUUAUUUUUUGAAUGUUUCUCUGACAACUAGUAGGUGUCAACAAUAUGUAGUGAUGAAGAAAUCUCAUUAAUUUCGGAGUGCUGGUACUUCGAAUUUUUGUUGUAUCUUUGUAGCUCAAAUGUUUGUCACGUCUUGUCAGUUUCGUAAAAAUUUAUAUUUUCUAGCGUCAAA